CCAGCCCCAAGCCCCAGCUCCCCAUUUGCGCGAGUCUGCUCUAGGGUUUUUGCCAAGCCGCCGCCGCCGCCUCUCUCUUCCCCCGCAUCCCCUCCCACCCAAGAUGACGGCGCAGACCGCUGAGGAGCUCGCCGCCCAGAUCGAGCAGCAGAAGCUCGAGGAGCAGAAGAACGAGGCAGAGGAGGUUGUGGUUGAGGAUGACGACGAUGAUGACGAGGAUGACGACGAUGAUGACAAGGAUGAUGAUGAGGGGCAAGAAGGUGAUGCCAGUGGCAAAUCAAAGCAAAGCAGGAGCGAGAAGAAGAGCCGCAAGGCCAUGCUGAAGCUUGGCAUGAAGCCCAUCACUGGUGUCAGCCGUGUCACCGUGAAGAAAAGCAAGAACAUACUGUUUGUCAUCUCCAAGCCAGAUGUGUUCAAGAGCCCGAACUCGGACACCUAUGUCAUCUUUGGUGAGGCCAAGAUUGAGGACCUCAGCUCCCAGCUGCAGACCCAGGCUGCUGAACAGUUCAAGGCUCCUGACUUGAGCCAGAUGAUCUCCAAGCCUGAGACUUCUGGGCUCGGUCAGGAGGACAACGAGGAGGAGGUUGACGAUACCGGUGUUGAGCCCAAGGACAUUGAGCUGGUGAUGACCCAGGCAUCCGUCUCCAGACCCAAGGCUGUCAAGGCUCUUAAGGCUGCUGAUGGGGACAUUGUCACUGCCAUUAUGGAGCUGACAAAUUAGAGUGUUGUUUUCAUUGCUGUCAAACCUUUUGUUUCCCCCCUUGAGUGUACUGCAGCUGGAGCGAUAUCUGUGGACCAUAAUGACUGUCAUGCUUGGUUGCACUUUGGUCAAGGAAAUUGCAACAUGGUUUCAUCUUUGCUGGCUUGCUUA